UCCAAAUUUAAAUUUACCGACAAUAGAGGAAAGGAGGGAAAGAAACCAACCGAGAACGACGUCAUAUUGGGACUCGGAUAAGUMUCUGCUCUGCGAGAACUGAGAACACAAGAGAGAAACUUCCAGCCGAAAAAUGGCGUCCGCAACCGCAACGGUAACCAAUCUCGCCUCAGAAUACCGGCGGGCAAGCUUUAUCAAAGUUCCUGUUAAAGGCUACUGCCGCAGUGUUCUGGCCUGUUCGAACUCCGGAGGCGUUGAAUUCGAUAAUGUACAAAAUGGGCUGUGCAGGAGGUCGUCAUUUUCUUGUAGUCCUCACAAAUUGGGUUCCAGAUUUUUGUCCAGACCGACUUCAAUAGCUAGUUCAGGUUUGGAGGCAGCCAUCACAGAUUACAAAGGCAAUGCAAUAGCCUUAAAAAAUGCUAAGAUAGUUGUAGAGUCUGAAGAUGAAAACUUGAUACAGCUUCGAGUGGACUUGAGUGGGGACGAGACACAAAAAAUUUUCGAUCAGGUUUUGACAAAUUUGGCCCGUUCCGCACCGCCAAUGCCAGGAUUUCGUAUGCAAAAAGGAGGGAAAACAUCAAAUGUCCCAAAAAGCUUCCUAUUAGAAGUCCUUGGUGAGGAGCGUGUCACAAAGUUUGUCAUACAAGAAAUAUUGAACUCAACCAUGGCAGAUUAUGCAAAGAAGGAAAAUGUAAAUGUGAAGGACAAGAAGGUUAACACAACACAAACAGCAGAUGAACUGAAACUGUUGUUUACUCCAGGAAAAGAGUUUGGAUUCAAUGCCAUACUUGAGCUUGAAUCUGCUAAUUCAGAAGAUGAAAGUUGAGCCAAAGAGGUUGCAUUUUCCAAGUGAAGAUUUUGUCCACUUAUUUCUUUUUUUUCUUGGGCCCUCUUUCAAAGUUUUGGAAUCAUUACCUAAAUUGAUGAAAGCUUAUGUAUAGUCGAAACCCAAUUGUAACGGUUUGUUUCAUACAGUUUAAUUUAAAGAAGAAGUCAUCUAAUGUU